AUGACUAAACAGGUUGGGGAGACAGUGAUAAUUGUACAGAAGAAAAUUCAAGAGAGACAAACAGAGCUUCAGAAGCUGAGAAAGUCUGCACAGAGUCACAAGCGCUCCGCACAGGCAGCAGUGGAGCACAGUGAGAGGAUCUUUACUGAACUGAUCCGCUCCAUUGAGAGAAGAUGCUCUGAGGUGAUACAGAUGAUCAGAGAUCGAGAAAAGGCUGAAGUGAGUCGAGCUGAAGGACUCUUAGAGCAACUGCAGCAGGAGAUUGAUGAUCUGAGGAGGAGAAAUGCUGAGCUGAAGCAGCUUUUACACACAGACAAUCACAUCCAUUUCCUACAGAGUUUCCCGUUUCUUUCUGUUCCUCCUGCAUCUUCAGAGAGCACCACUGUCAGUUCUCUACUCACUUAUGAUGAUGUGAGAAGCUCUGUCUCUAUAAUAAGUAGGAAAUUUGAGAAUUUCUGCAGAGAGGAGAUAGAAAAGAUACCUGGUGGAGUGAAAUACAGUAUUAUUCCCAAUAUCAAAAUCCUCACACCCAUCACUGAACCCAAAACAAGAGAAGACUUCUUACACUAUUACCAUCAGUUUACUCUGGAUUCAGAGUCGGUGCAUAAAAACCUCUAUCUGUCUGAGGAGAACAAAGUGGCUGCUUGCACUGCUACAGUGCAGCCGUAUCCAGAUCAUCCAGACAUGGUGAUAAUGAUAAUGAUCAGUCCUGGAGAUUGUUCUGCUCUCGCUCUGUAUAUAUAUUUAGUUACAAUAACAAAAAAUCUGAACUCCCUGUAUUCCCCAGCUCCUGUAGAGUAGGAGUGUAUGUGGAUCACAGAGCAGGAAUUCUGUCCUUCUACAGAGUCUCUGACACAAUGAUGCUCAUCCACAGAGUCCAGACUACAAUCA